AUGUCCAAGUACAAGGACAAAGAUAGCGGGGUGGCCCUUGUGUCCUUCAACGCGAAAUGGGUGUCCUGGGCGCAUACUGGCAUCGCAUACACUGCAUUCUUGAGCGCCCUCGUCGUCGGCAUGUCCCUUCAUUUCCACAAGAUCGUCAAGAACCAGCAUUAUGGCUACCCCGACGAGUGGUUCCCCUCCGUGUCCGCUACCAUCGGCGACCGAUAUCCCGAAAGAUCCUUCUUUAUGGUCUUUAUCGCCAUCACCUCCGGCCCCCGCUUUGCCCUCGUUGCGCUCUGGUAUCUCUUGACUGCCCGCCCCGGCAAGAAUCUCCCCAAGUUUGUGGCCGCCAUGGGGCUGUUUCGUACACUGACAUGUGGAGGUUGGACCUAUGUUACCUCGACCGACGAUCAUGACUGGCAUGACAUCUUCAUGAUCUCCUACCUAGUAGCUACCAUUCCCUGGACAGCCGGCUGUCUCGUACUGAGCCCGCCUAAUGCCAAAGCAAUCAAAUACCGUAAAUAUAUCGCUACUGCCUUCUUCACAACCAUUAUCCCUAUGGUUUACUUUUUCAUACAGCAUAAGAUCCAUCGUGUGGCCGGAGCAUACACUACGUAUUCCUUUUUUGAGUGGUCUCUAAUCUUGUACGAUAUCGCAUUCGAUGCUGUUACCGCUUUAGACUUCGACACUUUCGAAAUCAUUGUCAAGGACGUGAACGGUCUUAGUAAGGGGUAUAAAAAAAAGAUCAAGUCAACAGCGGGCAUAAGUACUAGGUUUUCGUGGCCUGAGCUUUUCGACACGGCUGCCGAUGUAUACCAUGGAUAUGUGUUCUGGUCUAUGCUGACAAGCAUGGGAAUCCUUAUCUGGUAUUUCCCGCUGUGGCAUAUGGGCAUUUCUGGAUACGAAACCUUCAUAUUGUCGACUAUUUCUCCCCUAUUCCUGUCUUCAAAGUCGUUUCGUGCUUUGGUCGAGCGAAAUCUGCGGUUCUUCCAUCUUCUCUCAUUGAUGGGGAUACUGGCCUGGAAGGUAACAGAUCCAGCAUAUCGACUGUUUGCUGUCGGUUUCGGCGUGUCCAUGGCCUGCCUUUCGUGGGCAGCCACAUUUUCCUCGAAAUCCGCACAAAAGGCUCAACUUGAAUCUAAACUUCUAUCUUGGAUGGUUGGAUUGGCCUUGUCUUCUGCCAUGAAAUUCGCGUGGAGGACAAACAAUCCCAUCUGGCCCAUUAUGAACGCCGACAAUGGUGGCCAUAACGGUCUCGGCUUGGCACUGGCUGUGCUGGCUGCGCUGUGGUUCACUCGACGUGUUCCCAUAACCAGUGAAGCGUCUCGUGAUAGUGAGGAGAGCGGUUCGUCUUUCCUCGCUGCUCUGGGUCUAAGUGGCCUGAUCUUCGGUCUGCACUCGCUGCUCUCAGACACUAGCACCAUGAUUCUUUGGGUGUGGGAAGGCUAUCCAGCACGCGGGCCUCUUUCUGCACCUCAUGGCUGGUUUACUAUGGCCGCCAUGUCUGCUGGACUACUCACUGGAAUAUACAGACCCCAACUUGUCAGCACAUGGACAGUCUACGGCGUUGGCUGCAUCGGGGCUGCGGUGCUUACUCUCCGUGCGAAUUGGUUCGGAUAUUACGGCGCAUUGGUCGUCGCUUUCUAUUUCACUGCCAUAUCCAUACCUUUCCUAACGGCCGCUUCACGAAAGCCCACCGCCAUUACAUUUGGUCUUGGGUUCUUCAUCUACAACUUUUUGGUUCUUUUCCAUGUAUGGGUGGUUGCCUACGCGUUUGUCCCAGGCGGACCAUUAGUUCGCGAGCAUACUGACUGGGUGAUGAUUACGACAAUGCUUCUCGUUGGUGCGGGCGUGUUCAAUGUGACGACGCGGAAUGCCCGCUUGCGUAACACACAACAGCCAGUCGCCCGGAACCAUCAUCGCAAAUAUCAUUCUCUUGUCCUCGGUAUCAUCAACGUAUUCUUUCUCGUAUCAGCUUAUGCGCGCUUCCCAACAAAUGAUUACCGACCCUAUCAUGAGGAGUCAAAGGUGAUGACAGCCGGGAUAUGGACGAUACACUUUUCGCUCGACAAUGAUAUGUGGUCUUCUGAAUACCGUAUGCGUGAUUUGAUUAAAGAACUAGAGAUUGAUGUCAUCGGGCUUCUAGAAUCGGAUCUUCAGCGCAUUAUUAUGGGAAACCGUGACACGACCCAAAUUCUCGCCGAGGAGUUAGGCAUGUAUGUCGACUACGGCCCAGGCCCCAAUAAACACACGUGGGGUGCUGCGCUUCUAUCCAAAUUCCCGAUCCUCAACUCUACACAUCACCUCCUACCGUCACCGGUAGGCGAGCUUGCACCAGCCAUUCAUGCAACUCUUGACGUGUAUGGAGAGUUUGUCGAUGUUUUUGUGUUCCACUCUGGUCAGGAAGAGGAUCCAGAGGAUCGUCGUUUACAAGCAGAAUACCUAUCAAAACUGAUGGGCUCUUCACCACGCCCCUCAAUCCUCCUCUCCUAUUUGGUAACGAAACCUAAGAGAGGAAACUAUAACACCUACGUCUCCCAAACCUCAGGUAUGCAUGACGUGGAUCCUAGCGACUGGGAUCGCUGGUGCGAGUACAUAUUGUACAAGCAUUUGCAACGAGUAGGUUAUGCGAGGGUAUCCAGAAGCACCAUCACGGAUACGGAGCUGCAAGUCGCGAAAUUCGUCGUACCAAACAGUAGCGACGAAAAAGCAAAGGUUGCAGCAAUAAAUGACGAUGCAGACACGAGAAAUCGCAGGGCACAAGAAAGUGAAGUCCCUGAGGGUUGGAGAUUCCCCGCCAUGUUCAGGGGGAAGGGUGUACGAGGCCACCGAUACCACGUCUUCAACGAGCCACGAUAUUACAGGCCUUUAUAA